AUGGUUGUCUGGGUUCAGUUCUCGGGCUUCCCUGUCCACUUCUAUCACAAAGAACUUCUAUUCGCGUUGGGGAACAUGAUCGGAAGGGCAAUCAAACUUGACUUUCACACGGCUAAUCAGCAACGAGCAAGGUUUGCUCGUAUGGCGGUGGAGGUAGAUCUUUCUAAACCUCUGGUUCCCCGGAUUCGUUUGGAUGGCAAGUGGCAGAAGGUCGAAUUCGAGAAUCUCCCUGUGGUUUGCUUUGAAUGUGGCAAAAUUGGGCAUACCAAGCUGAAUUGCCCGGCUCUCUCCCAAGCUCUCGCCGUCGCUACGCUCUCUGGUACGCCCUCACCGCCGCCGGGCACCGCCGCCGGGCGCCGCCGCCGUGGAGGCAUCAGAGGAUUCUGCUGGGUUCGGUCCGGGGAUGUUGGUAUCAAGGAAAUCACGCCGCAAUUCUCGCGAUUCCCCAAAACAAGGUAA